CGAUGGUUUCUGUUCUUCUCCUUUUCAGAAAUAAUAAAUUUUAGUAAUGAUCAUGAGAAUAAGUAAACUUUCAUUGUUUCAAGUGAUUUCAAUAUCAAUAAUUCAUUCGUUAAUGAGACAAGCGUAAAUUGGUAAAGGUAAUAGUGAGAUGUCGUUAAUAAGACAAGCGUAAAUUAUGUCCCUAAUUUGGGAACCAGAUAGCAUGAAAAGAGACCAUGAAAUAUCUUACCACCUGUAUGUGUUGACUCCCAGAUCCAUCUGUAGAUCGUCUAAGAUCUGUGCAUCAGAUCCGAGCAUAGAGUUGUUUCCGAUUCGAAUAUGGAGAAAAUGGAGGCCUCCACAUCUUCGACACUACCAAAGUUGCCACUCAGGAGAUGCCUCGAAGACAUCAGCAAUUCUAGCGAGCCCAAUCUGCCUUCUGCUGCAGUCGUGGAUGUUACCCUCGGCACAAAAGGGAAGAAGCUGAGAGUUUAUCAUGCUCCGCGACGAAGGAGGCCAUACACGUCGUGGACGGAGGAAGAAGACACAGCAUUGCGAGCAGCAGUUGAGCAGUUCAAAGGAAGAAAUUGGAAAAAAAUUGCUGCGAAUGUACCGAAUCGGUCAGAUAAUCAGUGCCUUAACCGCUGGCAGAAGGUCCUUGAUCCUGCCCUCGUCAAGGGAUCCUGGACGAAAGAGGAGGACGAUAAGUUGCUCGAAAUGGUCAACGAGUUCGGCACCAAGACAUGGGCUGCCAUCGCUAGGUCAUUGCCGAGCAGAAACGGCAAGCAGUGUCGAGAGAGAUGGUGCAAUAAUCUUGAUCCCCAGAUCAAGAAGGAGCCGUGGAAUGAAGAAGAAGACAUGAAGUUGUUUUUGGCUCACAAGAGGUUCGGCAACAGCUGGUCAAAGAUCGCAAAGCUAAUUCCUGGCAGGUCGGAAAAUGGUAUCAAGAACAGGUGGAACAUAACAAUCCAAAAACGUGCGGAUGCACUCGAACAAUCCACUGAGAACUGGAUAAAUAGGAACACAUUUGAGGAUAUGUUAUCCAUUAUUGACGAUGUGGCUCCAACAGAGCUUGAUGUUUCUGAAGAUCAUCUGGCAUUGAAUGGCGAGGCCAAUAUCGAUCUUCAAGACUCGAAUGCUGCGAAAGACCUUAUAGCAUGGAACUUAGAGUUUGAUAUGGAUGUUGAUGUAGAUAACUUCUUAGACCUCCCAGACUUGAACCUCUCUCCUUGAUAUCAAAUUGUUACAGUUCAUGUGAAGAUACCUUAUUGCAAAAAUAUAAUGCAUGUACUUUAUUUUUUAAAAUGAUUAGCACUUGAAUGG